AUGGGUGUUCAUGCGCUAUGGGAUAUAGUCGGACCUACAGCUAAGCCAGUUAGACUGGAGUCACUGAGCAACAAACGUUUGGCUGUCGAUGCGUCGAUUUGGAUCUACCAAUUCCUGAAAGCUGUUAGGGACAAGGAGGGGAACGCCAUGAGAUACUCGCACAUUGUUGGUUUCUUUAGACGUAUUUGCAAACUGCUUUACUUUGGUAUCAAACCCGUGUUUGUAUUUGAUGGUGGAGCUCCAGCUUUGAAGAGACGAACAAUCCAGCAGCGUAAGGAAAGGCGUCAGGGUCGCAGGGAUAACGCAGCCAUUACGGCACGCAAGCUUCUGGCACGUCAAAUGCAAAGUGAUGGCCACAAAGCGAGUACUGCUGGAACGCCUCAGCCACAUGUGCACAAACUUAACGAUGAAUAUGAGCUACCCAAAAUACCAGGGUUUAAAUACGACUCAAACGACGCAAGAAUCAAUGCAGACGACUUCAAGACAAUUAUGGAGAACAUUGACGAGCUAGACGGUGUGGACCUCGAUUCCAUCAACCCAGCAUCCAAAGAAUUUGACGAACUGCCGAAGUCAACACAAUAUAUGAUUCUCUCCGCCCUAAGACUUAAAUCUAGACUGAGAUUGGGUUACUCAAAGGAACAGCUGGAAAACCUUUUUCCGGACAGUAUGGAGUUUUCGAGAUUUCAGAUCAACAUGGUCAAAAGGCGGAACUUCUUCACCCAGAAGCUCAUGAGUGCUACAAAUACACACGACGGAGGUGCUUCCAAGGCGGACAGUGGACCCAGCAAGCGGGUAGCAGGGCAGCAAGGUAGGGAAUAUCAAUUGAUACGCACCGAAAAUGGGUGGGCUCUCAGUUUGACAGGAGAUGAUGGCUCCGAGAUAAGCAAAGCAAUUGUGCUUGAUGAACGCCCCCAGUCGAAGACCUCUGAAGGCCAUGAUAAUGACGGCGACGACGAAGAUGCCGAUGUGGACUGGGAAGACGUUGAUGUGGAGGACAAGGGAAAAAAAGAAGAGGUAGACUACUCGGUGAAGGCUUCUCUGCUUCCUGCAAUGGGUACGACAGCGCAAUCGGGUGGUGGACAAUCGUUUCUGGACAAACGGCAUGCUGACUCCCGAUCAGACAAAACUAGCGGGGUCGUCCACGUUUCUGAUGAGAUUGUAUGGAAUGACGCCGAAAAACGCAGCUCAUACGCUGUUCCGGCCAGUGUGAGGGAUGAUGAUAAUGAUGACGGUGACGAUGGUAAUGAAUACGCAGAUUUUGAAAAGGACCUUGAGUUGAUGAAUGAGCUCAAGAACAAAAAUUCGGGCAGAGAGACAAAGCACGAACUUGUGGACUUAAGAAGCUCAGACCGAGAGGUCGAAGAAAAUGAACACAGUCAUUCUAUUAAUGUGAAAGAAUCAACAACGCCAACAAAACUUUCUGAAAUAGACAAUCAGCCUGCUCUUAAAGUGAUGGCGAAACCACAAGACUCGGUUGAGUCCGUGGUUUACAAGCCUGCUGAACUGCCAACAAACUCCGAACAGAACUUGCAACAUGUUCUUGACAAAAUAUCAGAGGCCAAUAGUGAUUCACCGGUAGAAUCAAAAGAAGUCGCUGCUCGGGAGAGUGAUCAACCUCCAGAAAAGCCUAAACUACCAACACCGGAGUGGUUUAAAUCAUCAAACCCUUCGGACUUCAAUCCUCAUCUGGGAACGUCUUUCUUGACAAGUGACAGGACUGCUGAUCCCAAGCAAAACGGGGAAGAGGCCUAUGGAUUGUAUACUGGAUCGCGGGCCGCUGACCUCAUAUCAGCAGCAAGCGGUAGAAACGAAAAGCUCUCCGAUAGCGACGACCUCAAAGAGAUUCAUCCUACGGAAAAAGUAGUGGUUGAAUCGCCUAGUCCAAGUUCGCCUCAAGAAGAGGCUGAAAAGACUUCAGAAUGCAUUCCUGUUGUAGACUAUGAUUUUUCAGAGGAAGAGGAGGACGCACUUGUAAGUCAACUGCGGGAAGAGGAGCAAGACUACGAAAUGUUCAAGACCGCGUUAAAUCCAUCAAGUAUAAGUGCCACUUUCAUUGAUGACGAACUCAGGGGACAAGAAAAGAGAGAUAAAAGGGACUCUGAUGAGGUCACAGCCGCUAUGGUAGCAGAGGUACAAGAUCUCUUGACCAGAUUUGGGAUUCCCUACUUGACAGCACCAAUGGAAGCAGAAGCACAAUGUGCAGAACUGCUGAUCCUCAACCUUGUUGAUGGUAUUAUCACAGAUGAUAGCGAUAUUUUCCUCUUUGGAGGGGACAAGGUAUACAAAAACAUGUUCCAAGAAAAGAACUAUGUGGAGCACUACUACGGCGAUAUGAUACUGAAAGAACUUGGUUUAGACCGAGAAAAAUUCAUUGAUCUGGCUCAACUACUCGGAAGCGAUUAUACUGCGGGAGUCAAAAGUAUUGGUCCUGUGUCUGCAAUGGAAGUACUGGCAGAAUUUGAGAGCUUGACUCGGUUUCGAGACUGGUAUAAUGAGGGUCAGUUUGAUAAAAAGCUCCAAGAGAAGGAAUCGUCCUAUGAAAAAAAACUGCGGAAGAAACUUGCCACAAAUGAGGUAACUCUCGGUGCAGAGUUUCCUAGUGAUCUAGUGAAAGAGGCUUAUUUACGUCCUGAAGUGGACCACGAUGCUACCAAAUUUACCUGGGGUGUGCCAGAUUUAGACAGGCUUCGAGAAUUCUUCAAAAUGACUAUUGGGUGGCCUCAGGAGAAGACAGAUGAAGUGAUGAUUCCUUUGAUAAGGGAAGUCAACAAUAGAAAGAAAACGGGUAUACAGAAUACAUUGACGAGCUUCUUUCCUACUGAAUACAUUAAAGCUGGUAAGGACUUGAAGCUAGGCAAAAGGAUCAAAGAUGCUAGUGGCAAAAUGAAAAUGAAGAAGCAGAGGACUAAAUAG